CGGAUCGUAAAAACUCAUUUUUUGUUGCUUUCCAAACGGUUAAAUAAAAACAAUACGUAUGCCAUCAUUAUUACUUGCUGAAAAAUCGUUUCUUUUUUUCACAAAAAUAAAAACUAAAAGCCGCUUUUAAUACAUGAUUAAUUAGGUUUGCUAUUUCACCCACUUUCCCUUUGACCGCAAUCCGCGACCAAUUUCCCUUAGCAGCCACAGUCCACGACUCUCGCGGUGGCGUGCCGAGCACACACGUUGGUCUUCUUACGACGUGGCCGCUUGUAAGUAGUUUGUAUAGCUGAGCCGAAGCAGAGUACGAAGGCAGCUGUUCCCACUUGUUCUCGUCGUUAGUCAAGUGUUGCACCUCGCGCUUUUGUUGACUGAAAAUCGUUGAGUUUUCACUCAUAUCAUCCAGCAAAAUGAAAGCAUUCCUCGCAGUUUUCCUCGUCGCCCUGGCAGUCUCAUCGGCCUACGCCGAGACUUGCCAAAAGCCAGAAGUCACCGCAUCUGCAUACGUGACCGAAGAUGCCACGGUUCUCACCCAAGUGGCUUUUACCACGCAGUUCACCCUCAAAUGCACCAAUGGAGCUAAGGGUAUCUCCUUGUACGCAGAGGUUGACGGCAAAGCCCUGCCAGCUGUACGCUUGAGCGCUGACAACAAGUACCAGGUAUCUUGGACUGAUGACAUCAAGAAGGCACGCUCUGGUGACUACAACGUCAAGCUGUACGACGAAGAGAGCUACUCUGCCAUCCGAAAGGCCAUCCGUAAUGGUGAAGACCCAAGCAGUGUCAAGCCUCUGGCCGUUGUGGUGCUCAACAACCCAGGAAUCUACACUGGACCCUGGAUCAACUCUGAACUGUUGGCUGCCUUCCUUGCAGCACUUGUUUCCUACGCAGCUUUCUCUGCCAAAUCUAAACUUUUAGCGUAAAUAGCUAGGUUUUUCACAAAUUUUUCUAAGUAAUUUAUACUGUACAUUAUAAGUUUGUAUGAACAAAGAUUGUCAUGAGAAGGAUCUUAUUAAAAACAAAUUGUUAUAUAAA